AUGGACUUCCUCAAGGUGCUGUCGCGCGGCACCAAUGUCGGCAAGGGUGCGACGAAGAAUGCGCCCGCGGUGAAGACGCCCUCCAGCGGCGCAAACGCAAAUCCACAGCUUUUUGGCCGCGACGCGACCCACGAGGACCAGAGUUCGACGCCGGCUACACAGUCGAAAACGAAGAAGCGCAAACGGGGCCAGGCCCAUUCCGCAGCGACUGUCGAUCUGCCGCCCGAACUCGACUUUUUCGGCGAUGGGAAGCGGGAGGACAAGAAGGCGGAGCCCAAAGCAGCAGAUGCAGGCGCGAAACAAAACAAGGGCGAGGCGAAGGAGGAUCAGUCCGAGGCUGAAUCUGCGGAUGGUGUGGAACCAGUGACAGAGGAGGAGAACAAGCGCAUACUGCGCUCGCACAAGGUCAAGAUCACUCUGCUGGAGGACUACAAGGCGCAAGAGGCAGAGCAGAAGGCGGCGGAUCGGAAGUCCAAGAAGCGCAAGAAGUCGAAGGAGCAGGAGGCGCCGCAGAAAAAGGCAAAGGUUCAGCUUUUCCCGCAACCGCUCACGUCCUUUAACCAACUGAGGUCGCGAUUCAACGUUUCCAGGAGACUGGCGGAAAAUAUCGAUGCGCAGGGCUAUACCAUGCCAACAGAAGUGCAGCUUGCCAGUCUGCCACUGCUAUUGGAUGCUACUGAUCCAGAAAGCAACGGAGUUGACCUCUUAACUGUAGCUCCGACCGGUAGCGGGAAGACGCUGGCCUUCCUGAUUCCUGUCGUUGAGUCACUUUUGCGGAGGCGUAAAGCACGGAACGGAGAGGACUCAUCCGCCAAGGAGGACGAAGGAAUCAAAGCAAUCAUCCUAGCUCCUACCAAGGAACUGGCCAGUCAAAUCGUCAACGAAGGACGGAAGCUCAGCCUAAAGACAGGAAUCAAGGUUUCCCUCAUGCGUAAGGGUAUGGAGGUCCUGAAGCAAUUCGCGGAAGAGGAAUCUAAGCCGAGUGACGAUGAUUCUGGCUCCGAAGAAAGCGAUGGUGAGAGUCAGGGCGAUUCUGCCUCAGAAGGCGACAAAAACUCCAAGGCAAAGAAGCGCAAGAGAGGCCAGCUCGUUAAGUCAGACAUUUUGGUCUCAACGCCACUUACUCUACUGCACGCGCUCCAAAUUGCGGACGGAACUGGUUCUCUUCCGACCGUGAAGUAUUUUGUCUUGGAUGAGGCAGAUGUACUCCUCGACCCUCUAUUCCGGCAACAAACUCUAGAUAUCUGGAACGCUUGCAUAAACCCGCUACUACGGGUAAGCCUUUGGUCGGCCACCAUGGGAUCUAGCAUCGAAGAACUAGCAAAGAACACCAUCACGUCCCGCUGGUCAUCCAUCCAGAGCUCAGGUGUCACCAGGCCCAAUCUUGUCCGUCUCGUCGUUGGCCUCAAGGAUUCAGCCGUUCCCAACAUCCACCACCAGCUCACGUACGCCGCCACGGAGCAAGGCAAACUCCUCGCGGUCCGCCAGCUGCUCCACCCCACCACCUCCAAGAGCGACAACACGACACCAACCUUGCGCCCACCCUUCCUCAUCUUCACGCAAACCAUCCCCCGCGCGCAGGCGCUCUACUCGGAGCUGCAGUACGACAUCCCGCCCGAGGCGGGCGGGUCGUCGCGCAUCGCGGUCCUGCACUCGUCGCUGUCGUCGUCGCUGCGCGACGGCGUCAUGGCGCGCUUCCGCCGCGGCGAGGUGUGGGUGCUGAUCACGACGGACCUGCUGGCGCGCGGCGUGGACUUCCGCGGCAUCAACGGCGUCGUCAACUACGACGUGCCGACGUCGGGUGCGGCGUACGUGCACCGCGUUGGCCGCACCGGGCGUGCGGGUCGCGAGGGCGGCGUUGCGGUCACGCUGUACACGGAGGAAGACAUCCCGUACAUCAAGAACAUUGCGAAUAUCAUCAAGGCGAGCGAGGCGUUGAGGGGGAAGGAAGGCGCGGAGAAGGCGACGGUUCAGCAGUGGAUGCUGGAUGCGUUGCCCACGCCUAGUAAGCGCGAUAAGAAGCUGCUGAAGAAGAGGGGCGUUGAGGCUAGAAGGGCUGGCGUCGAGCUCAAGCAAGGCAGGGGCAAAUGGCGCACGCAGAUCAGUACGAAGCCGGGCUUUGAGAGGAAGGUCGAACACAACAGGAAGGCGGCAGUGCAGGCGAGCAGGAAGAGGAAGGAGAGAGAAGGACUCGCGAAGGGUGGUGAAGAGAGUGAGGGGGAGUUUGGGGGGUUCGAUGAUUAG